UACUAGCUAGACUAAAGCAAUUGAAGCUAUUAGGUGUAAGAUUUAGAAAAAUCCUGCUGGACCUGACCUCUGCUUUUUUGGAGGCGGCUCCAUCAUUGUUGGAACUUGAGAUGGAUUUGAUGGACAUGGAAGAUGCGAAAAAUGGAUGCGGAAUGAUAUUUGUAGACUCAAAAGAGUCCAAGACAACCUCAUGGUUUAAGCGAUUUAUAGGGUGUCAGCGGAAGCCAGAGGUGACCUGGCCAUUUCCUUUUGUGGAGGGCGGACUGUUUAUCCUGACCCUGCGUGCUGGUGUUGAUGGGUACCAUAUCAAUGAUGGGGGUCGGCAUCUGACUUCAUUUCCGUAUAGGACAGAGUUUACUCUUGAAGAUGCAACAGGACUAGCAAUUAAAGGAGACGUGGAUGUUCAUUCAGUUUAUGCUACGUCUCUCCCUACUUCUCAUCCGAGUUUCUCACCUCAACGAGUAUUGGAAUUUUCAGACAAGUGGAAAACCCAUCCUACACCCAAGAGAAAGAUUCAGGUCUUUGUUGGAGUGCUAUCUGCUACUAAUCACUUUGCUGAACGCAUGGCUGUUAGAAAAACUUGGAUGCAAGCUACUGCUAUCAAGUCUUCAAAUGUAGUAGUUCCAUUCUUUGUUGCAUUGAAUCCAAGGAAGGAGGUGAAUGCAGUGCUGAAAAAGGAGGCGGCUUACUUUGGUGAUAUUGUGAUUUUGCCCUUUAUGGAUUGCUAUGAGCUUGUUGUUCUCAAAACUUUUGCUAUCUGUGAGUUUGGGGUUCAGAAUGUGACCACUGCAUACAUAAUGAAAUGUGAUGAUGACACGUUCGUUACAGUGAACACCGUCCUGAAAGAAAUUGAGGGUAUCUCUCCUAAUAGGUCCCUUCAUAUGGGCAAUCUCAAUCUCUUGCAUCGCCCUCUCCGAAGUGGAAAAUGGGCAGUCACAUAUGAGGAGUGGCCAGAAGAAGUAUAUCCUCCUUAUGCCAAUGGGCCCGGAUAUAUAAUUUCCAGUGAUAUUGCUAAAUAUGUUGUCUCUCAACAUGGUAAUCGAAGCCUAAUGCUCUUCAAGAUGGAGGAUGUAAGCAUGGGAAUGUGGGUUGAGCAAUUUAACGGUUCCAUGGCGGCCGUCCAGUACUCCCACAACUUGAAAUUUUGUCAGUAUGGGUGCAUGGAAAACAAUUUCACUGCACAUUAUCAAUCCCCAAAGCAGAUGAUCUGUCUUUGGGACAAAUUGGCAAGGGGUCGGGCUCAGUGCUGCAACUUUAGAUGA